ACGGGCGACAGUUAAGCACAAAGUUUCGGCCGCGUACAAGGUGUGCGCUCGAAGGAGAGAGUGCUAAGAUCACGUUGUCGAUCUGUACUGCGCGUUGUUGUGGCGCUUUUGUUGUCCCGUCCCGGAUUAAUCUGAUGCGCUAAACCGGAAGCAGCAGUCGUCCAACAUUGUUUUCUAUUAUAUUUUCCUUGUCGAGUUGAUCCGUCCUCGUCGAGUAAUGAGGUGCUAAUGACCUAAUGUCACGACAAUCGUCCAGAACGUCUUAAACUCCGUCCGACUAAAUGGACGUCUACGUUAUUUUACAGGAUAGCCAGUCAAUAACGAAUUCAUCAAAUAAUGAAACUCUCGAAAAUGACGAAUAUGAUGAGAACAUCGAAGGUUCUCCUUCCACAUUAUCUUUGUUUUGUAUUGGCUCAUUUUUGGUAGUUGUGAUAUUCCUUUCGAUUGCCGGUAACUUACUGGUGUGUAUUGCUAUUUACACAGACCGUGGCCUGCGACGGAUUGGCAACCUUUUUUUAGCUUCAUUAGCUAUUGCUGACCUUUUUGUCGGAGCUCUUGUCAUGACUUUUGCUUUAAUCAAUGAUUUGAGAGGCUACUGGAUGUUUGGUGCCAAAUUUUGUGAUAUCUGGAUAGCUAUUGAUGUUAUGUGUUCCACGGCGUCUAUUUUAAAUUUGUGUGCUAUUUCCUUAGACAGAUACAUUCACAUAAAAGAUCCACUCAGAUACACUACAUAUUUGAAUAGAAGAAAUGCCCUGUUAGGCAUUGCUGGAGUAUGGGCCCUGGCCGCAUUUGUCUCGGUAGUUCCCAUAUGUAUACUGAGCAUUCACAGACCGCCAAAACCGGCAACGGGACUAUCCGAGAACAUGACGUGCGCACUGGACUUGACACCCACGUAUGCGGUUAUUUCUUCGUGUAUUAGUUUUUACAUACCAUGUGUGGUGAUGAUAGGCAUAUAUUGUCGAUUAUACUGUUACGCGCAGAAACACGUACAGAGUAUACGAGCGGUAACUCGACCACUUACCACAACCACGGUCAUGACGUCAUCCACGCUGACCGCCGUCCAUCACCAUACGUCACCGUACCAUGUCAGCGACCACAAAGCCGCCAUAACCGUAGGCGUCAUCAUGGGCACGUUUUUACUGUGUUGGGUGCCAUUUUUCUGCGUUAACAUCAUCGCCGCGUUCUGCAAGACUUGCAUUCCAGAUGCUGCGUUCAAAGUGCUCACGUGGCUUGGCUAUUCGAACUCUGCGUUCAAUCCAAUUAUCUACUCGAUAUUUAACACCGAGUUUAGAGAUGCAUUCCGCCGCAUACUCACCACGCACUAUCCAGACUGGUGUUUCUGUAAGGACUACAGUUCUGUAGUGCUCAACUCGGAGUCGUCCGUUCGACAUCAGCGAAAGACCAGAGGCGGUUACGAUUUUGAAUCGUCCGUCGGGGCCGUCACCAUUAAACAGAACGGGAAAGCUGUUGGCGGUGCUGCGACAAGUCCCAGGUCGUCUGUGGCUUCUCUUCGACAUUCUCGACUAAACUCAUCUGAAAAGGUGAUCAUCGAAGCUGAAGAGACGAGCAUCAUCUGACCAAGUAGUAUCAAUGAAAUUCCACUUUUUGCAGUAGAAUAUCUUGUAUAAAUCCAAAAUGAAUGUAAUCCAUUUGCGUGGGAUUACAAUCAGAAAUAUUGUAAUUAAAAUAAAACUAUCGUCGUCUAACUUGAAGGGGUAUUGAGUAUUCCAAAAAAGUGUUGAUAUUUUAACCAUGUUCAAAUUAAGUCAUGAAAAAGUACGCAUUUUUAUGUAUUCUUGAAUGACUCUUCUACAUUUCCAUCUCAUAAUUACUCACGGAAUUUAAUAUUUAAUUAUAUUCAGUAUACCGAUAACUACCGACACGUCAUAUUUUAUACUAAGAUCGUUAUUUUGAACACUUCAAAAAAGAAAAGCUACUAAACGCUUUUAAGUGACAUUAUACAUGUAAUGUGAAUUAUCGAUUUUCCAUUAACUAUGUCAGUUGUUGAGUACCGGCUUAAAGGUUUCACUCACAAAAAAUAAACACUUUUUAUAUAAAUUAAGUACAACUUUUAAACGAUUGGUUUUUGACCGAGUAUAAUAAGAGUCACGUUCAAUUCUAUUGAUAUUAGCUGAAAACUUUUAAUAUACUUUAUACUUAAGCAUUGACAACAAUAUGAAUUAUGAAAUGAUGAGAAACGUCUUUCGUGAAAUAGAAGAAGCGAUUCUUGGUACUUCAAUUCAAGUUGAUCUACUUGAUCUGUUCCCGGAUAUUCUGUUGGUAUUUCCAUUAAUUUUCUGAAAUAUUUGAACUGCUUUAAUCCUUUUCAACUUAAUAAACUUCUGUUAUAUCUUGUUUGUGUUGUCUGAAACCAUAAACUAAUAACAUUUCAAAUUCCGUUUUAAAACUACACAUUAAGUAUCAAUGUCGCAGGUUUCACAGGACUAAACUAAACUAUAGAAGUAUUUAUAAAUAGUAAGAUAUGUAAUCCAGGGCUAAUGUAUUAAAAGUAUGUAGAUUCAAUAUUUUCAAAAGAUUAUGGAAACAUAAAGUCGAACAUCCCACUCACUGUUGUAUUCUUAAAGCAACAGUCAGGCAUUGACGGUAAUAACAUUAACACGAGUAAUUAAACUGGAAAGGGUUGUUAAUUAAAAUCCUUAUGUAAUCUACUUCUGCAUCGCAUCAGCUGGUUUCAUGUUAUUGAGCGUAUGGGUUGUGUACUAUGUAAUAUUCCAUCCAUAUUAAGACGUUACUGUUAAUCUCAUAACAUUAUGGCAAUAAACACGCCUAAUACGAAAUUCAAUUUAAGCAACUAACUCAACACCAAAAUAUAGGUUUAUAGGUUACUGUAAUAUACAUGUUUAGUAUUUCAUUGAUUUGUCUUUUUAUUAUUUAAUACAUAGUCGUAUAAAUGAAUGGACCAGAAACGAUAGACAUUUUAUAUGUAUUACAUUUAAGCUUAUAUGUGCUGCUUCAUAUGAGGAAUUUUUAUGAAAGAUUUACUUGUUUUGCAUUAACUUUAUGCAAUGGUGUAUUUACAAGGAGAUCGUAGAACCCCCUAUACUAUAAAAAACGCAGUAGCAAGAGUAGUGGAAGGGUGAAUCUCCCCAACAAAAUUUCUAAAUACGCUACUGUUCCUAUGUAAUAAUUUGCAAUUUAUAUACAGAACAUCAAAAGUAGUAUAGUAACAAAUAAAUUAGUACACAACAAAUAAAAUGUUUUCGAUAAAUAUUCUUUUAUAUAAAGUCAUGUUAGAUUCACGAAAAACAAGUUCUUAGUCUAUUCCUUUAUAUGUCUACGAUAUGACACAGCAUAAAAUUUAAUUUUUUUUUUUUAAUAAUUUUAUAUUAAAAAUAAUUUAAAAUUUGAGAGCAAUAUACUAUCUGUUUUGGACAAUCUAUUCUUUCAUUUCUAUGGCUUCUUAGUAUUUUAUUUAUAAAAUCCCAAAAUUAAAUUAAAUCCAUAAUAUAGACAAAUUUACUCAAUUAAAAAAAAUACUCAACUUGACCCCCUAAAAAGGGCUCAUAUUUAAUAAUUAAUAAAAACUUUAGAAAGAAAUAUUAUCCGAAAAGUUAAAGGUAUUCUAGUGUUUUUUUUUUUUUUAAUACCUAAAUAUUUAAUUAAUAGCUUGGGGUUUAGUAUAAUACAAAACUGCAACAGUCAUAACAUUAGUUUUAAUAUUAAGUUGAAAUAUUUGAAAAAUUAUGUUAAUAAAAACACAUUUGAUACAAUGUUUCAAAACUUGAAAUUUAAUUUAUUAGGUUGUUAUCAACUUCUUAAUAAGUGGAUGCUACGUUUUCAGAAUAAACAAAGUAGAAAAUGUUUUUUAAAAAAGGUGUGAACCCUUUUUUCAAUUUGAAUAAGUAUAUUGUGUUUUAUUUAUGAUUGUAUUCCAUUCUAAGACCAAGACAUCUUAAAAAACUUAAACUCGUCUCGAGCUUAUUGUUGCUUAAAAUAAUGUAUUUAUUGUACGUUUUUGUCAGUCUACUUUAUUAUCAAACAAUACUUGUAAACCCAGAAAUGUUUAUGUUAGCAUAUAUAAUAUACGAAUAAAUAAAUAAUGUAUAAAGUUUUUAAGUACUUAAGUUUCAUGUAUGCAAGCAAUAGGUGUUUAACCACUGAAUACGUACAUAAAAACGAAAUUGUACAGUAAGUGUUCAGUCUAAACGGAUUUAGGUCUAACCAACUUAAGAUCCUCCUCUUGCAGAAUUUAGUACUCUUAAAAACAUUUAAAACAUAUCCAUUUGCAUCACAUAGGCAACUCUGUUGGACAACUAAGAGUAUUCACCUAGUAUAAAGGACUAAUAAAAAAAUAAUACUGAUGUGCUUAAUAACUCCAAUAUACUAGGUCUCCCCUAUUGAGUAAAUUAAUUACUAGAGGAUUAAACUCUUACGUGUAACUGUACCCUUGUAUAUGUCUUCGUGAUUUAUUCAAUACAUAAUAUAUUUUAAGACAAUUAUUUUUACUAAAAAAAAAACAAAAGCUACUAGUUAAAUUAUGUAUAUUUUUUAAAAUUUUCUUUCUUGUAAAUAUUGUAGAUUAUAUAAACAUAUAUUAUUAUUAUACGAGUACAUAUUGUAAUGUUUAUGAUAUUAAUGACUUGUGAAAAAAGAAAUAUUAGGGGAUAUUUGAUGUUUUUUUUACAUCGUACUAAAAUCAGAGAACAUUUUUGUUUGUAUAGUAACACCAAUUUUAUUGUUUCUCUAAUUAAAAUUAAAUUGUAUUUUCCCUUUGUAAAUAUGUUAUGAUGCAUUGUAUAAAUAAAUUGGAUUUUUGUUAAUUUGGUGCAAUGAAAAAUUCAUUUAUGUAAAUAACUCAUCGUACCUUCUUGUCUACAAUCCUUUGCUCACUAACAAUGUAUUUUUGUUAUUAUUUAAUGUGAUAUUUAUGAUUGUUUUGACUUAAAACUAUUACUGUAAUUAUAAUUAUAACCCUGUUACCAUUUAUCAAAAUUACCCUGGUGUAUUCAAGAUUGGAUACUUAAGCUUAAGUUUUACUGAUUUUUAUUAUUAAAAUAAAAUCCAAAAUUAUUUGUAAUUAGAACAACGUUUAAAUGUGAUUUGUUAGUUAAAAUUUUUACAAUUUGUUUUGCCAAUAAAAGUUUACUUUUUAAGUUAUUUAUGUUUAUAAGGUCUAUUAAGAAUUAUCGUUACCCUUAUUAAGUUCAUAAUAAGAUUUAUUUUAAAAAAGGUCAUUAACAAACAAAUAUAUUACGCAAUACUUUAACUUAAAUUAUUAAAUGGAAACAAUUCUUUUUUAAGUACACCAAGUUUACUAUUGUU